CGUCACCCGUCAGCCGUUGCCAGGCUCGUUCCUCUCUGGUAGCUGUUGCAUUCAAGGGACGCCUCGGCUGAGUCACUGAGCUGCUGUACUAAUGGAUCCCCCGAAAUUGUUAGUCACCGUCUUCAUGGACGAGAAGGAAAUAAGCAAAAAAGUUCUUCGGUUGAGAUCACUACAAGAGGUUGUCGAUGCAUGCGCUCCAACCACAGGAACAGACAGCCCAGAUUGCUACAGGGUUAUGAAGUUCGAUACAGACUUCAACGAAUUCAUAGACACAGACUCUACUGACAGUGUUGAAGACAAGGACAAGCUCCAAGUAUUCUUCAGAUCGAGUGGAACCUCAGUAUUGGCUGAACAGCUGAAUACAUCUGGGGCUGCAGCAGAAAAUGUAUUUGCGGUGACGCAGAAUGUAGCUGUUCCAAGUGGCCAGCAGAUUUCAGCCUGCGAGCUUGAUUGUGAGGCAGUAAAGAAUUUUCUUCAAACAAAAGACCCCCGGAUAUUGGCCUUCUACGAGGAGCACGGGACUUUGACUGAGAAAUGGCGACGAGUAUUGGUGACAACCACGAUCAGCUACCUGGUUGAGAAAAAGGGAUUUUACCCCAACAGUGCUGACAAACAAUUACUUGCAAGAGCCAUCGUUACACUGUUUCCAGCGCUACAAAUAAAAAUGGAAGAGGAAAACGAAGGAUAUGAACAUUUCUACGAUCCUGUAAGCCACUCUGGCUUUCUGGAAGACAAACUAAGAAAUAUCCGGCGGAGUCUGAGGGAUGACCAGCGGCGUUACCGCAGACGGGGAGGAUCAUCUGAAGUCUUGGUUAGACUGGAGGAAGUUGUGGAAAGCGAUGAGUCUGUGAAAGAAUGGAUCACUGUAAUUAAGAGGAUGAAGCCUACUCCCGAAAAUCGGUCAUCGAUAAAGAUGGGAAUGGACAAAACCUACACACACCGAAGAUACUGGAUUUCUAGUCAAUCACCCACUCUGGCAGAGAUUGUGGAACACUACCCACGCUUCAUCGACAUGCCCUAUCUGAUUGACAGCGAGUUCGCGAGGAUGUUUCCAGACAAAGCAGAUGCCUUCCUCCGCAAAUGGGAACCCACCAUCGUCCCAAAGCUUCUGAAACUCGCGUGCCUUGAGAAGAAAGAAGACUACACAGAGGAUGAGAGUGCUGAAUCAAGUAGCUUCAGAGCCCUCAGGAUGCUCGUCCAGUAUCUCCCCCCUACUGCAUCAGGACGGAGUAAAGGGUGGACCAAAUGCAGUGUAAAGGCGGCAAUGGCCUACAUGUUGGAGAUAAAGCCAAUGGGAACCAGCAUCACGUCACUUCUUCAAACCAGUGGCACGGUCUGUGAUUCGUCAAAUCAACAAACCAUCAAUCAACCACGCUUGGUGAGCCUGGGAUACCCCAACACAGGAGCCCAAUAUGUCAUAGUGGCCUCAAACGAUGCUGUGGCAAUUCCUCUUCAAGACGAAAGUCUAGCUUGCUGCCUAGAUAAACUUUUUAAACUGUAUUGGAUCUGCAAUCUUGCCUAUCCAAUUCAGCUGGCGUCAGUGUUUGGAUUCAUGGAGCACGUGUAUGGCUUGCAAAUAUCUGGUGGGAAGAGAGCCAAAAUUGUGGAGCUUGUUGCCAAGCUUCAGGUGCUUUAAAUUGAAAUCAUGUAUAUAUGUCCAGUGUGCAAGAAGCUGGUUUCUAAAGAUGUACGGAGGCUCAUAUAUCAUCUUAAGCAUGUCCAUGCGUUCUGUGACAGCCAGGAUUACACAUUAACAUGCAGUCAGGAAAAUUGCCCAAGAACAUACAACAAUUUCGGCUCUUACUCUAAACACUUAAAGAGGUGUCACUCACACAGUAAUUUAGUUGAUUUAGAACUACAUGACUAUGCCUCUAAUUUACCUAGCACUUCAAGUACACCAACUGCACCAACUAAUUCAAGUGCACCAACUGCACCAACUAAUUCAGAAAACGAGACAGACAAUAACGAAGAAAGUGUUGAGACUUUAUUGGAUGACAAAGACUAUCUAAAAAAAUGUGUUGGAGUUUUUGUUGCAAAAACAUACUCUGCAUCUAAUGCUACUCAGUCUGAUGUUCAGAAACACAUUUCCAUUGCCAGUGAUCUAAUUGAUGAAACUCUCUCUUCUUUACAACAACAAACAGUUGAUAUGCUGAACAUGUAUUCUAUACCACUAAAUGAUCAACCUGUUCAGAGUUUAAUGCAAAAUUUUGAAAGUGCUAGGAAUAUGUUUGAGGAAGUGGAUAGUACUUACAAAAUGUCAAAGUAUUUCACUGAUAAUCUGUCUAUAGUCGAGGCAAAGGAAAUUUUUUUGGGUCAUAGGGCUGAAACAACGCGAAGACAGGGAAAGUUUAGCCAAACCCUUGCAGCUGAUACUUGUCAGUAUAUCUCAGUCAUUGAUACUGUGAAAUUUCUUUUCAGCUGUGAACAUUUUGAAAGAGUCUACAGACAAAGUAAUAACAGAUAUGAUGACAAAAUGCAUGAUUAUUCUGAUGGUUUAGUUUUCAAAAGACAUGAAUUGUACAAGAAUCAACCCAAUGCUCUUCAAAUUCAGUUGUACUUUGACGAUUUUGAAACUACUAAUCCAUUAGGGUCCAAAACAAAAAUUCACAAGAUGGGAGCUGUCUAUUUUUGUAUACGAAACUUGCCAUCCGAGUAUAAUUCAGCCCUGAACAACAUUCAUCUGUGUCUUCUUUUCAAUUCGAUUGAUAAGGACACAUAUGGCUUAAAAAAGAUCUUUGAGCCUUUGCUAGAUGAUUUGAGAUUUCUUGAAACUAAAGGCAUUGAGGUAGAAAUCGGGGGUCAGAUUACUACUCUAUUUGGAACUGUAUGCAUUCUGACUGCAGACAACCUUGCGUGUCAUACACUCGGGGGGUUUGUGGAGAGUUUUUCGGCAAAUCGAUUCUGUCGAUAUUGCAUGGUUGAUAAGCAGAUGGCACAACAAGAAUUUGACGAUGACAGGCUUGAGAUGCGCAACAAAGACAAUUAUCAGCUGCAUGUUAGUGAAAAAAACCCAGCUGCUACUGGUGUUAAGGAGGAUUCUUGCCUGAAUACACUCAAAUACUUUCACAUCACUGAACAUGUGGGUGUAGAUGUGAUGCACGAUCUACUAGAAGGGGUUGCUCCUCUAGAAAUUAAGUUAAUGUUGCAGCAGUUUAUUUAUGUGGAGGAGCUCUUUACUCUAGAGCAGUUUAAUGACAGGAUUGUAAGCACAGACUAUGGUUAUAGUAAUGAAAAGAAUAAACCUAAUGUCAUAAUUAAUUUGAGGACAGCAGACAAUCCUGUGAAACAAACUGCCAGUCAAAUGUGGUGUCUUCUGAUAUUUCUACCUAUGCUUAUUGGAGAUUUUGUGAGUCAUGACAGUCAACAUUGGAAGCUAUAUGUAAUGCUUAGGGAUAUUUGUGAUAUAGCUUUUGCCCCGGUUGUAACAAAAGGAAUGGCUAUUCUUUUGAAACAAUUGACUAUUGAUCACCAUCGCUUGUUUAAAAGUAUUUAUCCCGAGAGAAAUAUUAUUCCUAAGCACCACUUUAUGAUUCAUUACUGGCGAUUGAUGUUUAAAUUUGGACCCCUUGUAAAAUUAUGGUGCAUGAGGUUCGA